AUGGGAAGGAUUGCGCGCACGGCUGGCGCGCGUGUCAUCGUCGUGUUGGAUUUCGCGCGCGUGUCGGAUGUGGACGAUUCGGCCACGCGGGGGCUAUUGUCUCUCAAGCGCAUUGCGCAUGACGAGCACGACGCGGUCCUGCUCGUCGCCGCGUUGCCCGCCGAGUGCGAGCAGGUGCUGGCCUGUGCGCAACUCAAAUCGACCGCGUCGGCCGCACGUCAUCGACGCAACAUUGUCUCUGUCCGCACAGGUGCUGGCGCGGGCCGGAUUCUUCGACGCCGAUGACGCGAAAGACGCGAUCAAAGCCUUCGAGUACGUAUAUGGUGCCCUGGAAUACGCGGAAUCGCUCCACCUCCGGAGCGCGCGGCGCCUGCCGCCGCCGCCGUCCGAUCCCGCGGCUAUGUUGAGACGGACCUUUGCUGCGGCGCCCGACGGGUGGUUCCACUGCAUCGAAAGUGCUUUUGAGAUUGUUGAUGUGGAAGCGGGCGAGACCAUCUGGAACGCCGGCGAUCCCGCAUCGGGAAUAGCUCUGGUCGUGUCUGGAAGACUUAGGACGUCGCUGCGGUCGCGCCCUUCCGUCGUGUUCGCGGGUGGCCAUGAUAGAGAGGUCGAGCCCUCGGGGCCGGGCAGCCUCCACGGCUACCUGUCUGCCUUUACCGGGCACUCGCAUCACCUCACGUUUACCGCUCUGACGGACGCGCGCCUCCUCGUCAUAUCGAAGGCGCGGCUCGACGCCCUACCGGCGACGGCAAUGCUCGCGGUGGCGCGCGUUGUGAUGGCGCGGUCGUCGCACGAGUACCGGCAUCACACGGCGGUGGUGGCGAAUUUGAUGCAGUAAUUACUUUUAGUUCUUUAG